AUGACCCGUGUACUCUUGACCGGUGGAAGCGGCUUUAUCGCCGCUCAUGUUCUCGAGGUGCUCCUAGCCCGAGGCCACUCCGUCGUCACCACCGUUCGUUCUCGGUCGAAGGCAGAUGCGGUCAAGCGAGCUCACCCAGAUAUCAAAGACUACCGCCUGUCAUUUGCAAUUGUAGAAGACAUAGCAGUUCCAAAUGGUACUAUCCUCCAGAAUCUCAAUUCAGAAGUUGAAACGAAGGUAAUUGCUGACCAGGCAAACGAAAGCCCCACCCACGCAUACCGUGCCAGUAAGACGUUUGCUGAACGGGCAGCAUGGGAUUUUGUAGAAAGAGAAAAGCCCAACUUUACUCUCUCAGUCAUCAAUCCGCCACUGCUCGGGCCAAUCGUCCACAGCCUCACCUCGCUCGAGACUCUCAACACCUCCAAUCAGCGUAUCCGUGAUCUACUUUCCGGCGCAGCCAAGGCUCGCUGCCCUCCCACCGGAAACUACCUCUUCGUCGACGCUCGUGAUCUUGCGCUCGCCCACGUCCUCGCUGUUGAGAAGAGCGAAGCGGGGGGGCAAGCGAUUUUUCACUGUCUCGAGCCAUUUCUCAAAUGCGGAAAUCUCAAAGAUCAUCAGCGACGAAUUUCCCGAGUACAAGGCUCGGUUGCCGACUGGGGAUGCCUUGAUUUUGGGAGAUUAUCCGGCGGAUGGAGUGUACGGGUUUGA